AAAAACCCUGGUGAGCGGUGCUUUGUGGUCCUGCUCGGUUUCACUCUCUCUUUCAGGCCGCCCGGCAUCAAGCAGAGGUCAGCUGGUGCCGUUUGGCCCAGGUGCCCUCGGACGGGCAGGGACGUGGGUCCAAUUACUAAGGCCCCCGCCCCCCGCCCCCCCUCCUCCGAUGAGCGUUUGAUUAAGACGUCAACUCAAACGCAACGUGGCCUCGCCGCCUCCGUCCCUCCUGCAGCCUCCUCACACCGCUCCCCCGUCACUGCUCAUUGGUUCCUCUGCACGAUCACACUGUGAGCGACACACAUCCCAAAGGCCUCGGCAGCUUUAUCUUUAACCAUAAUAAGUCAAUUUAAUCUAGUCAUUUAUGUUUGACACAGAACCAGAAUCACAUCUUUACUGGCUAAGUAUUCCAGCACAUUUAAGGAAUAACACAGGCUACAGGAAAUACAGAAUAUUAUAUAAAUGUGUGCAGAAAGUAGCAAUGGCCACUAAUACAAUGAGAAAAUGUAGUGCAAAGGAAUAUUAGAUGGAUUUAUAUUAUAAUGAGAAAUGGAAGCUUAAAGCAGAAUAAAAGGGCUAAAGGUCCUCCUGUGGAAUGAAUUAACCUCCAGCAGAGUGUGGCGCACAAGUACUUUGCUCAGUGGAAGUUAUUUAAGAGCAGCAAGGGACGUAUUCACCCCCAGAUGGUGUUUUCAUGUUUAAAAGAAAGGGCUUUUAAAUGUCCCUCAUCAAAACCAAAAGUGCAAAGCAAUCCAAAAAGGGACAUUUAGACGCGUUGCCUAGAAGUCAUUUCAUUAUAAGCAGAUCAUUUUUAGCAAUGCAGGCAAAAAAAAUAAUAAUCUUCCAACCGUUUACACCCCCUGCUUGAGCAGCUUUAAUGUCUCAGCCAAACCAAAUCAUUUUCCCCCUCCUGUCUUUAUAGGAGCAUUACAGGGUAUAUUAAGCAGAAGUAAUAGCACAUCGCAGGACUUAUUAGACCUCCAUCCUCAAGGAGCCAAAGAAGCCAUCCUCCCGACGGCGUGACGCACAAAACACCAAUUCACGGCGCAAACACCAUUUUUCAGCAUUUUGUGUAAUUUAUGGCCAAAGACAACAUAUUCACGCAUGAGCCCCCCCCCCUUUUAUCAAAUGACCUUUUCUCUCCGUGUGAGGGCUUUCGUUUAACAUAUUCCCACUUAUCUCUUUCACGUUUUUUCGAUUUUGGACUGCGCGUAAUUCGCCUUCAUUUCUCAGCCCUGUCGCAUUUUUUCUCGUUAACUGGCUUUCGCAUCAUUUUUUUUCCUCCAAGCCAAGCGGCGCAUUUAAAAGCCGAGGUGGUGGUGGUGGUGGUGGUGAACGGGACACCUCGGGCUGACCCCCGCCCUAACAAAGCCAGCUACUAGUCACUGUCUGGGGGGCUUUUAUCUCAUUCUCUCGUUGGAGGCCCCUUUCUGACCGGCCAUGUUUUGUUGUCCACCCUUUGACUCGCCACAAGGCCAAAUAUGGCCCCGCUAGGUCCCUCAAUAUGGGCCGGAUCAGAUGUUUCAGCGACGGCCAUCUGUGUGCCGGUAAAAAGGGGCAGUCACCAAAAAACUGAGAAAUCUACAGUCCGCUCGCGUUUUCAAUAGUGUGUGGGAGAGGGGGUCAGGGGGGGAGACAAUUCAAGAUGGAUGUGGUUGGAUUGGUAGAAAGAUAGAUGGAUAGAUGGAGGAUAGAUGUUAUGUGGAUGAUAGAUUCAUAAAUGGAUAGAAACACAGAAGGAUAGAUCGAAAGACAGAUAAAAGAUUGAAAAAAUCACCUUACUGGAUCUGAUUGAUAAUUACUCUUUAUGGCAAAUGAUUCUGAACGUUAAGUCCACAAACAUCUAUUCUUAAACCCCUCCGAACAAACCUUCAUUAGUCCUCUAAUGACCCCCCCCCCUUCAAAUUAUCCCAUUACGUCUGACAUAAACAACCCGAAGAGGCCUCUCUCAUUGGCUGGCCGGAGGGUCACGUGUCCCGCGCGGCCGUCCGUCUAUUUGACAGCCGCAGGAUGGCUUGAUGCCAGAGGGGGAAAGAGACAGAGAGAGGGGAGAGAAAGAAAAAUUAGUAUUCUCCUACCAGCCUCGCUAUAAAUCAAUCAUGGAGUCCUACGUGGUGAGCUGUAAAUAUGCUGAGCCGCAGUUCCCGCCUUGUGAAGAAGAUUACAGUAAUUUUAGUGACCAAGGGGGGUUUUACAACAACCCCCAGGACAGUGGCAGUUAUCCAGGGGGCUAUCAGCCCUUGGAGCCCCCUCCGCCUCCGUACACACCACAACAAACCGGCUAUCACUCUUCGCAGGGGAACCGCCGGGAGGAUGGAGAGGACCACUCGCAGCACCAGGCUGCGCCCUUCCGCGGCUACAGAGAGGCGGGGGCCGCCGGGAAGGAGUCGAGGUUCCCCGCGGCUGACCUGCAGUGCCAGGCCUGGAUGACCUGUGCAAAGCCCGCUCAGGUGCAGAGGAAAACGGCGUGCCAGGGAAAGGACAAGCCGCCCAUUGUUGUCUACCCGUGGAUGAAGAAAGUGCACAUCGCUCAUGUGAAUCCGAACCACGUGGGCCCGGAACCGAAGCGACUGCGGACGGCCUACACGCGCCCGCAGGUCCUCGAGCUCGAGAAGGAGUUCCACUUCAGCCGGUACCUCACGCGCCGCCGCCGCGUCGAGGUGGCCCACGCGCUCUACCUGUCCGAGCGGCAGGUGAAGGUGUGGUUCCAGAACCGGCGCAUGCGCUGGAAGAAGGACCACAAGCUGCCGAACACCAAAGGGAGGAGCAAAAACAAGAAGGCGACGGACAACAACAACAACAACAACAGCAGCAACAACAGCAGCAACAGCAGCAGUAGCAGCGCGAAGGAGGUGAUAACCGUGUGAAGGCACAGGCUCGUCGGUCGGGAGGCCGCCAUGUUGGCUCCUUCUUCUCUCCGAGACUGAUGGAGCGGGUCGAACCGGACGAACGGCUCCAAAACCACAGUUUGAUGUUUGCGUUACAGGAGUUGUAAAUUUGCUCAUGUAUUUUGACUUAUAUCUUAACUUUGAGUUUGUCUUUUUUUUUUUUUUUAUAUUUCUGUUACGUUGCGGUUACAUCCCAUUCCACUUUAGUAUUUAAUUCAUUUAACGAAUGUUUUGAGUCUUACAAACGUCGCGGUGGAUGGUCGGACGUCUCUCUGGAGGAAUGAAGGAAUCUCUAGAAAGGCCCGUGGUGCUUAUUGGUUGGAGAGAUGGUGUCUCUUGGAGAAACAGGGUUUUUAUUUCUACAGGGUAAACAUAAUACAGGGUUUUAUAGUAGCUACUUAAAAAAAAUAACUUAUUGAUAUGCACAUUACCAAAACGUUGUUUCACACAAACUGGCGCUUAAAGGAGCAAAAUAAUGAAACAGUAGACUGUUAACGGAAGAACAGUUGGACAGAGAAUGUUUCUAUUUUGCGUUAUUUUAGAGAGGUGCCUCCAAAAAAGGACGUUUAGUAGGAUAAGUAGCCAUAAGGUACAGAUUUUUUUUUUAAAUCUCCAAAGAUGAAUGAACUUAAGAGAGAGUCAUACAUUUGUACUCACGGGGAAAUAAACGGAAGAGCAAAAGAAAAGAGCCAAAUUGUACGUGGAGGGUUUGAAUGCACGACGCGGACGUGUUUUCUCAGGGUCACAGGGUUUAAACGAACACACCUUUCAGAAACGUUAGUUGUUGGAUUCAGCAGAGGUUUGAAAUAAUAAACGACACGGUAUAUUUUCAAAGAAUAUGUUCUCUCUUUCAUUCCAGUUCAAUAUGCUAUUCAUUUCAAUUACAGCCUUCGCCAGUACUUAUUUCUAUUUGUAUUAUUUAGAAGCAUAUUUUCUUCUUUCUUCGUUGUAGAAAACAUCUUUCUUUUUUGUAUGUGCUUAUUUCUUUUUUAAAGAAGAAAAUCUCUUCAUGUAAGAUUUUUUUAUAGUUGGAAAUGUUUUGAUAAAAUACUUCGAUGAUAAAAAAAAACAAUUAAAAAAAGUUUAAAACUGCAGAACA